AUGACAUGCUCUAUUUGGAAGGAUUCAUGCAAUCAACCCACCCUUACUGCCUCUUCUCAAAAAUACGCACAGCUUGUCCACGAUUCAAACACUCAACUGCACCAAUCCCUUGAACCGGUCCUGUCAGCCUUAGAUCGACGCGCCAUUGGGUUGUCAAAAUGUGCCAACUUUGAAGCUGCUCUUCACGAUGCCAAGCUCAUGCAACAGCUUUCACCUUCUUCAUCCCUUGGAUAUAUACGCGAAGCAGAUAUUUACAGUGAACAAGGGAAACAACGUCAAGUUGUUGAUAUUUGCAGUAAGGGGAUGACUGUGGUCGAUGCCAUGGAUGAGCACUAUGAUGAUUUGAAACGAGCUAAAAUGGAUGCUGAGCAGCGCCAAAACACACGCAUCGACUUUGUUCGCCAACUGCCUCUCGACAUUGUGAUGACAAUGCUUAUUCCCAUGUUUAUGGACCGUUUUCCUUUGCGACCAUAUACACCAUGCUCCUAUUUGUAUGUGUCCAAUCUAUGGCGGGAUCGCGUUAUCCAAUGCUUCGACGGAUUACACUUUAUGGUUGGAAGUCAGAACGAUUACAAUGCAGACACUCUGUCACAAGUCAUUCAGUUUGCUCAGCAUACCAAGACAUUGUACAUAUCGCUACAUGGCCGUGGCACAUGGCUAGGCGAUUUACUGCGUAACAAUGACUUUUGCUCGUUGUGGAGUUUAUCCAUUGGACAGUGCUUGAAUGAUCACGUUGACAACUUUGUAUCGUCGCUGAAAUCAAUUAGCAAGACUUUGACGCAUUUGGGUAUCAAAUCGCCAAGCAGCCACUUGUCACUACCCAUGGCGACGAUACUGUUGACUUGCCCUCACCUCGUGUCCCUGGAACUUUCUCGACCUGUUGUUGCCGAUCUCAGCUCUCUUCCCAUGACGACAUGGCCCGAUUUGAAGAAGCUGACUAUUUACGGAGCAAAAGAGCCUAUUACAUGCGAGCAAACCAUAGGGAUUUGGAGACGUUUUCCAUCACUCAAUCACCUUGGACUUCAUCCAUGCUCCGAUAUGCAAUCAGCACUCGUUGUUUCCGAUUACCUUCCAUCCACCAACGACCUGAAGAUUCAUCUAUCUAAUAUGGGCACUGUCAUUACCUUCAUGAAUCACGGGACCCCAAGUCAGACGCCUAGGAUUACAAAGAUUGCAAUUGACGGCUUUGUACGUUCGAAUGAUGGUGCCAUUGUGGAAAUCGGCUCAGUAUUAAAGCAACAUCGGGAGACUCUUGAGGACUUUAAAUGGAAUAUGAAUGUUAAGAGGGACAACAGGGACAUUUACGACCUUCACUACCCACGCCUCAAGAAACUCAUUCUCGACAAAUCCGGAUGGUGGAUACCACGCAACGCACCGUUACUAGAAGAGCUGAUAUUGUCAUCGCAAACAACCAGCCAGCAGCCUUCAGCACUCGACACGAUACCACCCAAGUUGAAAAGGCUGGUUUUGGAUCUUAAAAAAGGAUCCAAUGCUGUCAAUGUGCAAGCCAUCAAACGAUAUCUCCUUCGAUUUAAUCAGCAUUCCCAUCUUCAAGAGCUUAUUAUCAGGACCCACACCAUGGAAGACAUUGGCAAUAUGGUGGAUGCUACUUACUGCCUUAACCAGCUUCAGCGAUUGGCAAUCCACGUUACUAGACGGUCUGAUUCGAAUCGAAGGGAAAGAGUUAUUGACCAGCUUGUAAGAGGAUGUCCCAAUUUAACCUGCUUUGAGAUCAAUGGCGAGUAUGGAUUAUCCACACAUUCAAUCAAUGCUUUGCAACAACUUGGAAAUUUGAAAAAGUGCUCAUUCUCAAUCGAUCGCAGCAAUGAAGAUGGCAUUUGGCAAGCACUUGAAACGUUUACACAGCUCCAAUGUAUUCGUAUUUACCCUGUGAUCCCAUCCAACCUUGCCAGCAUUAGGAGUCUCAAGGAAAAAAGACCUGACAUGACGAUCUUUCUCGACCAAACAUUCACACGCUUCUGA